CACUUGAUCACGUACCUUCCUAUACUGGUGUGAACUCUCUUUCUCAAGAGUGUCAUACACCCACAAACCUCAUGCUCUGCAGUUCUGAGUUAGGUGCCGAUAAAUUGCAUGAAAUAAGUGCAAAGGCCCCAUUUGAAAAUUUGGACUGGGCUGAUGUUGAUGAAGAUGGUGGGUCGGCUGCAAUAGAUGUCUUGGUGCUUGAAGACCAAUGCCGCAAAGCAAAGCUGAAAGGAAGAAAAAGAAAGUGCUCUAAGUACCAUUGUAGCCCAUUCACCGAUCCUACAAGAAAGAGGGCCAAAGUACAAAACAAGAACCGAAGCCCAACAUUUGUAGACAUACGCGAUGAUGAAUGGCUAGAGUUGAAGAAGUGGGUUGAAGAGGAUGACAACCUAGAACCAACCGUGGUUGUACUUGCUAUUACGGGCUAUAAUAAAGUGAGCCGCAAGUUUGUCCGAGAGCUGAUCGAACCGGAGGAGUGGUUGUCGAGUGAACACAUAGACGCACUUUGCUCACUCAUACAGAAGUCUAUGGUGAACAAAAAAAUUGGCCUCAUUGGUCCAUACUUUACGUAUACAAUUCUGAAUAAGGACAUUAAUGUACCUAAGCACUGGGCAGAAGACAGGUUACUUCCGCGAGUUAAUUGGUCAAGUUUUGAAAAGGUUUUAAUUCCAUUGAAUGUGGAUGGCCUACAUUGGAUCUUGACGGAAGUUGACCUUAAAGCGAAGGUGGUUAGAGUGUAUGACUCUUUGCGGAGUGCGAAAUCUAAAUCAACUGCCCAUCAUCUAUGCAUCAGACUACCUUACUUACUUAAUGUGAUAAAAUGCCCCGAAUCUGCUGCAGUUUCAGAUGAUUUCAAACCAUGGCCUGCCCAGGUUGUUCCUGAUGUACCGCAACAACGAGGGAGUUCGGAGUGCGGAGUGAUGACGAUGGCAUUUGCGGAGCAUUUGGCAUUGGAGUAUCCUUUGACACCCGGAUGUGACUACGACAACAUGUUGGACAUGAGAAGCCAGUUUGCGGUGCGCCUAUGGCGUCUAAAGAAGACUGAUGUUUGACACCGUUUAAAUGACAUUAUUAGUGUAUUUGACAUUAUGUUUUGUACAAUAGUGUUGCGCUUUUUUGUACAAGGUUGUACACUGGAAUGCCAAACUAUAAUGCUUCCAU